AAAGUCGCAGAUUUACCUCCAGCAUUUAUCCGCCAACAUUUUAUCCAAGAAUUACAACCCAAUUAUACUAUGUCUGUACAAGCAGCAGAAACAGAUACCACAGAAGCAAUUGCUCAACUUACAGAUCAAAUUGCUCAAUUAA